ACUAUAUGAUCAUAGGGUCAAAUCAAGAUGUCAAUGAGACUCGGAUGUAAAUAGAGAAAGACGAUGGAUAUAAAAUUUUACAAUUCUUGUCUUAUACCGCAAUGGGCGCAUAUAGAGUACACAUGGAAAAUUGAGAGAUUUUGGGAAUUAAGAGCUCUCGCUAGUAUUGAAGCCUUGGACGACACAACUGGAACUGCUGUGAUUUCAUCGCCUUUUGGUGAUUUGAAAAGAGGCUUCUGGUCUUUGAAACUUUAUCCAUAUGGAGAUACAACUGCAGUAGGAAAAGGACAUGUGUCUAUUUUUUUGACACUCAACCCUCAAAAUGAAAGAGAAUUUUACGCGAUUUUCUCUUGCUCCGUACUGGACUUAGAUGAGACUAAAGCAAAACAUGGUCCCUCCUACGCUAGACAAAAAUUCUCUUCUAGUAAUGCAUCUUGGGGAUGGAGUAAUUUUAUUACUGUUCAGACACCAAAUUCAUUAAGUUGCGUUGUGAAGGAUUGCUUGAUGAUUCGAUGCACUAUAGAUGUGUUUAUGGGAACUAGCACUGUAGAAGAAAAACACGACAAUGGAUCAUCUUUUUCUUCUGCGUUAAGGGCGUACUUUCGCUUGCCAGAAUCCUGUGAUUUAAAACUAAUUUGUGGAUCUACUGUGUUUCAAACACAAAAAAUUCUUGUGUCUUCUCGUUCCACUGUUUUAAAACAACUGUUGAAUGAAAAUGCUAAUGAAUCUCUUGCUUUAAAAAAAAGGACGGGCAAUGACGAUUCACACGACAUUCACCAAAAAACCUGCAACGAGUCGAACGAGUGUCCAGAAUCUAAUAAUCUUAUAAAUCGCGAUGCGAAAGGCAACAUUGAAUCCAUUGUUAUUCUUCACCCUAAAGUGACUUCACGGUCGAUUAAAUUAAUGCUGCAGUAUAUGCUGUAUGACACAUGUGAUGCAUUUGACGCUUCGUUAAAAGAAUUAAAUGAAGUUCUUGAUUUAUUAUUAACAAGCUUCAUUUAUGACGUAUCAGCACUCUUAGAAGCGUGUGUGAAUACACUAUAUGGGUUUAUCGAUGGCGAAGAAAACGCCCUCAAAAUUUUACAUGUCGCGGAUAUGGUUAAAAAUGAAUUACUCUCUACUCAAUGCAACAACUAUAUUAAUAAUGCUACAAAGCAAACAAUGACAGCAACUAGGCUGAAUGAAAUUAUAUCCACAUGUAGUAUGGCCCAAGCAGAUGUGAAUCAAAAAGAUUAACAAGUAAAUUUUGUGUAAGAAAUCAUUGGAUGUUUAAAAAUAAUUAAUUAAAAGAUUCAACACAUCACUACAGGAUAACUGAAGGCUAUUUUUAUCAAAAUAAAAAAAAAAGAAACAAUUGAUGUUUAAAAUAAUUUUAUAAAAAGAAUGCAAGAUUUUUUUUUUUUUUGAAUUUGGAAUAUUUUAUAUUCAUUAUUUUUAAUUUGAAUUAAUAUAUUUAAA